AUGACGACUGCCCCCAAUGGACUGGUUCACGCCGCCGCCGACACCUUCAAAUUCAAGCGCAUCAAGCCGGAAGACGAACGCGAGAACCCUUUCGUGAAACUCAUCCCGAACCAAGACAUCGCCAUCGUCCCCUCCUUCACCCUCGAGUCCGGCGCGACGCUCUACAAUGUCCCCGUUGCGUACAAGACUUACGGUACCCUCUCGCCCGAGGGCGACAAUGCCAUGGUCAUAUGCCACGCCUUGACGGGCAGCGCAGAUGUGAGAGAUUGGUGGGGCCCACUGCUUGGAGGACCUGGGAAGAACGGAGAAGAGCCGCGCGCGUUUGACAUGUCGAGAUUCUUUGUGGUCUGCAUCAACAGCCCCGGCAGUCCGUACGGCAGCGCGAGCCCCGUCACGGCGAAAGAUGGAGAUCCGGAGAAGGGACACUAUGGACCAGAAUUUCCUCUGACGACCAUCCGCGACGACGUCAACCUCUUCAAGGUGCUGUUGGACGAUCUCGGCGUAAAGCAGAUCGCGACGGUCAUUGGAGGGUCGAUGGGUGGGAUGCUCGUGUUGGAGUUCGCGUACUUUGGCAAGGACUAUGUCAGGACCAUCAUUCCGAUCGCUACGUCUGCUAGGUACAGUGCGUGGGGGAUCAGUUGGGGUGAGGCGCAGCGGCAGAGCAUCUACUCGGAUCCCAAGUAUGAGGAUGGGUAUUACUCGUUCGAUGACCCGCCGGCGAGCGGUCUGGGAGCUGCACGCAUGUCGGCUCUGCUCACCUACCGGAGCAGAGAUUCUUUCGAGCUUCGUUUUGGACGUAACCAUCCGGAUCCGACGCAGAAGAAGCAGAAUAUCAAUGGUCCACAGAGACCUCAGACGCCGAACGGUGAACACUUCGCUAUUCACAACGAGGGACACAGAAAUGUGGGCUCUCCGAGGCGCGCCUCGAGCGAGAACUCGCCUGUGAACGAGUCUUCGCCCAAACUAUCUGUGCAAGAUCCGCAGUUCUCAGGCACGACGGAGUUGGAGGUGGAAGCUAAGCCAGGCCGCAAGAAGAUUUCCACCUACUACUCCGCGCAGUCGUAUCUGCGCUACCAAGGCGAGAAAUUCAUCAAGCGCUUCGAUGCGAAUUGCUACAUCGCCAUCACGCGCAAGCUGGAUACGCACGAUGUGGCGCGUGGACGUACCGACACGACUGGGUCGCCAACGCCGGAGCAAGUGAGAGAAGCCCUCGCUCUGAUCGAGCAGCCGACAUUGGUGUUGGGCAUUCAAUCCGAUGGCCUCUUCACCUAUGCUGAGCAGCAGGAACUCGCUAUCGCGAUUCCGAACAGCGAGCUGAAGACGAUCGAUAGUCCUGAUGGCCAUGAUGCGUUCUUGCUCGAGUUCAAGCAGGUCAAUGGCUUUUUGCGUGAUUUCAUGAAGAGGGAGCUGGGGCAUAUCAUGUCGCGAGAGCCGGUCAAUUGGCCUCCUCAGCAGGAAGAGAGCACACAGGCGAAGGCCAGUGUUUUUGGGGAGGCUGAAGUGGAGGAUAUUACGGCUUGGUGA